AUGUUCUUAAAGGAAGUUUACUUAAGUGUUACAAGGAAGAGGUUCAAUUUGAUGGAAACAGUUUCUGUUGACAUAAUCGAAAUUACUUAUAAUUUUCUAUGUAUUGUCGAAGUCGAUCAAUUAAUGAUCGCUCUCUGGACAGACCUGAAAUUAAGAAAUGAUAUUUUGUUUCUCAUUCUCCUGAUUCAGGAUUAUUUCACAAAAGUUUUGCUAGACCUACUUAGAAAGAAGCAGUACUCACAACGUAUGAAAAAAUUAGGUUACGCCUUCCAAGGAAAGGAUUUGAGAUCCAUCUCACUGGCGUUGUAUUUUUGUUUUUCUCUCUUAUUUUGCUAGUUCGCUGUUGUAGUCGUUAUCUGAAAUGAUUUGUAGGAACAGAUGAAUGAGAUGCGGUCUGCCUUAGUCGUUCGUUAUUCUGAAUGUUAGUUAAUGUGUCUUCUACCGCUUCCGUGAGGUUGAAUUAGUAGCCUACACCGUGCCUACUUAAAGGCCGCCUCGCUCCACUGGAUAUAGAAGCAAUAAUGGAUGUUGUGAAAUAGAUGAGAGGCUUGAACAACAAAACAAGGUGAUAGUGAGAGGUAUGUUGUAAAAAUGAUAGUAGAGAUUGUUGAAUAAUAUGAAUAUGUUGUUGUUAUGUUUAAAGAUUAGGAUUACAACAUUAUUUGUACACAACAAGGACGUUUGAACUAUUUGUACACAAGAUAGAACAAGAAAGAAAAUAACGUCGCAGGAGGUCAAGUAUUAAGAUUACGAUGAAGGCGGUGACGAUGAUACUUACUCCGAGAAGAAUUUUCAAGGGCACAAGUUGCCUUGACUAAACCAAAGGAUCGCUCUGAUAGAUUACAUGGUGAGGAAAUUCAAUUGUGGACUUUCAAUUAUGUCGACCUCCCUCAUUUCUGUACACUUUUUGACUCUUUUCUUGCCCCUUGAAUCUGAAUCUUGCAUCAGUAGCCCCAUCGUGUAACGAUUACUACACCCUGGAGCCCUGAGUGGUGGCGGUCGUUUUCCAGUUCUUUGCGUCUAGAGAGCUGCAACAAAAGCGAAAA